CCAAACACAACUUUCAAUUCAAAAAUCAAAAAUCAAAAUCUUAAGCAAAAUCAAUGAGAAUGAAAUUGAAGAUCAAAUUAUCGCAGAAAAAAAAGAUGGAACCAGUACCACUCUCUGCGACGUCGACGUUCAUCAAGAAGAAACUCCGUUCGAAGCAACCUCGCAGAAGACGUUCUCAAAUCGCUCCAUUUGUUCUCCAAAAGCAAACGACUGAUCUCUCCGUUGAUUCCAGUUCCCGUUCUUACUUCAGCGCUAAUGAAGUUUCUUGCGAUUCAAGUAGAGUUUCAAAUCCGAAGAAGAGGAAGUUCGGUGAAAUCCAAGGUGGCUAUAUUGGAGCUAAGAAGAAUCAAGGAAAUCAAGGAAUUGGAGACUCACAGUUUAGGAGGAUCACGAGAUCGUAUUACAAGAAGGAAAGAGAAGUGAAAGGAAAUGAAGUUGAAUUGAGUGAAUCUUCCUGCGUUGAAUCCAAUUCUGGUGCUGAUUUUCGUUUUUUUAGUGAACGAAGUUCUAAGUUGAAGAAAGCAAGCAAUAAUUUGAAGAAAAUUGAGAAAAACAACGCGGUUCCGGUUUCUCUCCGAGCGGCUACGCGAUCGGAUAUUUCCUGCGUCGAGCCGACUCCUCAUGAAAUCUCAAAACUCUCGUCGGAGAAUAAAGAGAACGACGUCAUUUCGGUGACUUCCGGCUAUGAUUACUGCUCAACUUCUAAAUUUGACACUGCAACCAAAGAGAAUGUAAACGACGUCGUGGACGCCAAUUUCACCGUUUCGAACUCGGAGUCUAUUGUGGACCAAAAGCCAAAGAGCUCCGGUUUAGAUUCUCCACAUCUCGCUUGCGACGAAAAGUUCUCAUUGGAGGAAGUCGUUUCUGAUUACUCAUCGAGUCACGAGACUGUGUUUACUGAGCUGCAACCUGAUAUUUUCCCCGAAACUUCGGAUUUGGAUUUCUCAGAUUACACUUCUUCUCUUUUCUAUGAUUCCGGAAGCCAAUUCUCUGAGAAAUCGACCAAUGACUCUCCCACUUCAUUCACUUACUCUCAUUUUCUCGAGUUCAAACAACAAUUCUCCAGAUCAACCUCUCCUUUAGAUCCUGAAUUUGCUUCACGCGCUGAAGAUGAGCGUCAACUUAAUCCUGCAGUGGUGAGAUUUGAAGAUGAGGAAGACGAGGAGAGUUAUAAGAGUUUGAGGGAGAGAGAGAGACGGCAAGUGUUUUUGCGUGAUUAUGCCGAGGAAUACCGAUUCACGACUGACUACGGCGAUCUUAUUCUCCGGCAACGUUCUUUCAUGGUCCGCUGGAUCGUUGAGCAAUGUACUGCAAAGGAGUUUCAGCAGGAGACAAUAUUCCUUGGAGUUUCAUUGCUUGACAGAUUCCUAAGCAAAGGAUUCUUCAGAAAUACAAGGAGUCUUCAGAUCACUGGAAUAGCCUGUCUUGCAUUGGCAACCAGAAUUGAAGAAAAUCAGCCUUACAACAGUGUGCGGCAAAAGAAUUUUUACAUUGGAAGUAACACGUACAGCAGAAAUGAAGUGGUGGCCAUGGAAUGGCUGGUGAUGGAGGUUCUCAACUUCCAAUGUUUCCUGCCUACCAUCUAUAACUUCUUGUGGUUCUAUCUCAAAGCAGCCAAGGCAGACGCAGAUGUAGAAAAGAGGGCCAAGUAUCUGGCAGUGCUUGCAUUGUCAGACCAUGAACAGCUACGUUAUUGGCCAUCCACUGUUGCGGCUGGGGUUGUCAUCAUGGCUUCCAUGGAUGGCAAUCAACAUGGAUUGUACCACCAAGUCAUUGAGGUAAAAAUAUAUUACACUCACCAUCAUUAAAGGCUGUAGAAGGAUGUAGAAGCUUCAAUGGCCACAUCAAACAGAGAUAGCUAGGCAGAUAAUUAUUGGCAUUCGUCAAUUACCUUAUGCAGAUAAUUAUACACUGAUCAUUCUUAUAUAUCCUCGAAAAAUAAAAAAUAUCUUCAGAAUGUUUUGUAGGGGCUUGCUCUAAUCUAUAUUCUGAUGUUGUCAGAAAAAAGUCUACUAGAUUCUCACAACUUUAUCUGUUUUUGCAGAUUCAUAUGAGAACCAAAGAUAAUGAUUUGCCCGAAUGCAUGAUGGUAUGACUCCUACACAAGGGAAUAUUACUAUAAAAUAAUCUUCUUUUGCAUCGUUAUUUUCCUUCUAAUGCCUAAUAUGUCGCUGAUUCAUAAUCAUUUACCCUUCUAUCCUUGAGCCUGCUUCAUAUUUAUCAUUGAUUCAUUACAUUAAGUUCACUGAUAAUGUUGAAUAAACAGAGCUUGGACUGGUUGGUACAGUAUAUAAGCUAGCAUAGUGGCAAAGAAAGGAACCUGAACAUUUACCAUUACCACGCUUUCUCCAUCACAAGCAUUUGGUUGAGAGGUGGGUGCCAGACCUCGGCAGAGCCUGAUCAAACCACCGGGUACCGGUAACUGAAUUCCCUCCCCCCCCGCGAAAAAAAAGACAAUUGAAACAGUAUUCAUUUCCAACUUAAUGUCUAAGGACAUCUGUUGUAAGCUGUUCAUAAUUGCAGUCGAAGCUCAUGUGAAGUAGAAUAUACACAACCAUAUUUUUUGCAUGUGCAAAAUCUGCAAGUAUAGUCCUAUGUUAAAAAGUUUUGUUACUUACCAUACACGAUGUAAUGACAGAAUUCUAUAGCUGUAGAAAUAAGAAUAUGCCUUGUUUUUUUUCUUGGUGUUUCCUCUUAUGUUCUUAAGUUAGUGUAAUACUAAAUAGUUCAAAAAAAGUAUUGAAGUCUUGCUAAAAUAUACUUCAGACAUUAGCUAUUAAAUAGAUCUAAUAAUUUUAAACACGACAAAUAAUACGACAUAAAAACAAUAUG